AACCGAUGCGGAUCAUGGCAACAAGAACCCAGGACCCGGAUGGCGGCUCAGGAUCAUCCUCGGGGCCGACGAUGCCGAGCCCGGUGAUCGGUAGCUUAGGGCGUCGAUAAUGCGGCCGAUCAUCUGAAAACACGGUCGAUCAUGACACCAGUAAGAUGGAUAGGUCCCGUAUGGUGAUCGUGAUGGGUUGUGCUCUCUGGUGUCCCAGGUCGAAUGGCCAUUGGUGGGCCUGGGAAUCAGGGCGUGGAUGCGUCCAUGUCCCCCUGGUGCCCCCGGCUAUGCUGUCCCGUUCAUCUGUGCGGUUGGUGCUCGAUUAUGCCGCCGCAUUGAGUGACGAGCGGAUUUAUGCAAGUCGGAACAUUCCCGAGCAUCUGCAGUCAUGAGCAAGCUAGAUCCAGCGUCCAACCAGGAUCACAUCUGGCAUCGCAGCAUGG